UCCUACGUGAAAGUGACGCGCGCCAUGAGUGUACUACCUCGCUGCGUUCGUGGAAUGCGUUCACUGGAAUCUUGAAAAUUCGACACACAAAAAUUCCCCAUUCCGCAGAGUCAGAAGCACAAUGAGACGGCCCACCGCCAUAAUACUUCUCUUGUUCUGCACUAUAGUAACGGCCCAGCUCAGAUCCCUCCCCGUCGAACGUUCCGGCCUCAACGGAUACGCACCCCGCUUCUUCCGCCAGAAACCCAUCGCAGUAGACCCCGCCCCCGGCCCAGCCAUGCCACCACCACCGCCGUCAGACCCCCCUUCCGCCCCGUCCACCGGAGGGCCACCGACGGGCGGCCAAGACGGCGUGAGGCUCUCGGACGUAAUGGGCCGUGACCGGAGCAUCAACGUCUUCGCCGGCUUCACGCGCGACAUCGAAUCCGCAUCGCGCCGCCUCGACGACCAAGAGCGCAACACCACCGUGCUGGCGCCCCUCAACUCGGCCGUCGAGAGGUUACCGCGGAAGCCGUGGGAGGAUCCGAGGGAUUACCAGCAGCUCGGUGCGGACGCCUACGAGGGUGACGACGGGAGGGAUAAGGCGCAGAGGAAUAUUCAGCGGUUUGUCGAGGCGCACAUGGUUGGCGUGAGUCCGUGGCCUGAGAAUACAAAGGCCAAGACGAUUGGUGAUGAUAGGGAUGUGUGGUGGGAGACCAAGGACGGUGCAAAGUUUAUCCAGCCUGGCAAUAUCGAGGUUGUAAGCGUAGCGAGUACUGUUGCCAAUGGCGAAGUGUGGAUUAUCAAAGAGGUGCGGAACUAUGCCUAGCGAGACCUUUCCUUGAGCCAAGAGCGAGGGCCUGCUGGAAUGGCCGCCUCGAUACCCUCUAUAGGGUACACAUUUGUUUGAUAUCAUUACCACGGUCUAUGGCGUGGCGGGGAGUAUUCUCAUUCGGAUCGCCCCGCUCUCCAGGUUCACGACUUCAAGUCUCGUGAAAACUCACUGGUAUCGUUACACCUGAAGACUAGGGAGUAUGAGUUGUCUAGUGAUUUUCGUAGGCCCCCAGUCAGGCGUAGCUUUUGCGUUUUGCUUAUGUGUUCUUCUGUUCUUACUUUAUUGAACGAUAAUUGAAGCGUGGAUUGAUAUAAAGAUGAAUGGACGAUCGAUGAUGAAGAAAUAGUAAACGAAUACCCAGACAGCAUAGUAGAAUAUAAGACGAAUAAUAUCUCCAUCUUCUCGACACACCUUAGUGGGGACACGAAUCUAGGACCGAUUAGAAAAAAAUGCUGUGUGUAAGAGAAACUUGAC